CAUCAUGGGACUUGCUGCGAGAGGGACCGGGAGCAAUAGCUGACAUACUGAUAACGACCGCACACCACUGCAUGCAGAACCAGCCAGAAAUACAAUACAUGCCCACAGAUAAUUUGCAUUGUCCUGCCAGAAUGUCUUAUGAUGGACAAAUAGCAGAAGUGGAGGAACAUUGGUACAAAGACGAUUGUGAAACAGCUGUGUUGAUGGGGCAGUUGUUGCUUUGGAAUGAGAAAUGUUGCAUGUUAACCGUAGCUUCUAAUGAGGAAGUAAAGGGAUUCUUUAGAAUCCCAGGCUCAGCACCACAUGUGUCCCUUGCAAAAACCCCCGACAUGACAUGGGCUGAAUUGGGCCCAUGGGCAGUGAAAGGGGGGGGAGCAUGUGAUUGGAUACCAGACCCGCAUGGUCCUGAGGGACAAUAUUUCUCACCCGCAACGGGUCUGAGACACAGAGCGUGGGGUGGAGCUUUUGAAACCCGACACUCAGUGCAAAAAAUGCGAGGUGCUACGGGGGAGUCACCAGAGUACUUGCUCCCACAGAUGACGGUGGACGACCCACGAUUGGCUGAGGUCCCACCCACCCUGUGGGCUAAAAGCAAGUACGAUGUGGGCUGCAUACAAAAUGUGGAGCCCCUAAUGGUGACUCCCAAAUCAACAUACAGACCAAAGCAACCACAAUACAGGCUGCGCCAAGAGGCGAUUGAUGGUAUAACACCUGUUUUCAACUCACUGUUGGAAGCCGGUGUUAUAAUCCCGUGUCCGUAUUCACCAUGCUGUACCCCAAUAUUCCCAGUGAAGAAGGCACCAGUUGAAGGCCAACCUACCGCAUGGCGGUUUGUGCAAGAUUUAAAGAAGGUGAAGGAGGCAUUACCGCUGUCAAAGGAAGGGCAACUCCACGAUCUACAACCAGGCGAUUGGAUUGUGGUGAAGGAUUAUCGAAGACGGACCUGGAACUCACCAAGGUGGUUGGGACCAUUCCAAGUCCUUUUGAUCACAUCAUCAGCUGUCAAGGUAGCUGAGAGGGCCACCUGGAUCCACGCCAGCCAUUGCAGACGGGCACCACCACUCACACCAACGGUCAUUUCCGACCCAACCGGUAGCUGAGAGGGCCACCUGGAUCCACGCCAGCCAUUGCAGACGGGCACCACCACUCACACCAACGGUCAUUUCCGACCCAACCGGUAGCUGAGAGGGCCACCUGGAUCUACGCCAGCCAUUGCAGACGGGCACCACCACUCACGCCAACGGUCAUUUCCGACCCAACCCCCUAGGCCGUCACCCCAACACGGAAACAGGGUGAAGUGCUGUUCACUCAUCCUCACACAUAUACAAUCACGUCAGAUCCAGGCCCAGAAACUUUCUCUGGCCAGGGGAGGGACGCGGCCAGAAUCGACAUCAAGCAACAUGGACACCAGAACCAGACGACGACAAUCCGUUCAGAGGCUCGGAUGGAGGAUCCGAGGAAUCAUUUGUGGUCUUGUUGUUCUAAGUGCAAUUAUGUUUAUUCCAUCAUUUUUAACGUGCAAAUCAGUAAUGACACCAGAACCUCAUGUAAAUCCAAUAUCGACGGGAACAAGGGCCAAGAGAGAGGUGGGACCUGAAAUUGAAAAUUCAAUAAUUCGGUUAAUGCACGAGACAGUAAGACAUCUAAACAAAACAGAUUGUUGGAUGUGCAUGCACAUACCCAGCAGCGCUGAAGGGCCGGUCGUAGCUGCAGUUCCACUUUCCCACCUACAAUUUCUAACUGUGAAUUGGCGAAACUUGACAUCAAAUAAUUUAAACAAAGCUUGUGAUGACACAAAAGAUGCAGCCUCGCUACAAAAAUAUUACAUAACAGCGCCAGAUAUCGUCAACAAGAUAGAAAAUGUUGCGAGAGAACAUACCCCGCAGG